GUUGUAGCGUUUAGUUUUCAUUGUUGCGCAGCUAGCUACUUGUUACUCGGACACGAAUUAGCUUACCACCCUCUUGCUCCGUCAGUUGAAGACGUUUUUUUCGCUUUUUAAUUCUAAACCUCCGUUCUAAAUGGCCCUGCGAAAUGGAAUUAAUCUUGACAAAUUAACAGAGGAAUUCACCGUCCUCGAAAAUACAAUUACAGAGUUAAAUGGUAAAAACAUCCUUCUGGAGACGAUGCUCGAAGAUGCCAAUAGACAAGUGAAAUUUUAUGAGAGCAAGGAGAAAAGAGUCACUGAAGAAAGAGAUGCUCUACUUGCCACAGUGAACAAGCUGCAAGAGGCUUUUCAGGAGCAGUGCAACCUCAGAGUGGAGAAUGAGACGCUGAAGAGCAAUAUGACAACCUUACAGCAACAGAGUAUCAGAACAGCAGAGGAGAAGGAGGCUGAGAUCCAACGACUGCACGGUGAAAUGAAAGCACACAAAGAGAGCCACAAGAGGGCGCUAGACACUGCCAUUCAAGAUUGCAAGAGGCAGGUGGAGGAUGCCCAUAAAGAAGCUUUGGGUCAAAUGCAAGCCAAAGAGGCUGAAGUUUUGACGUUACUUGCCCAAAAAGAUCUCGAUGUGGAGGAGUUGAACAGGAAGCUGAAGGACCAGGAGAGAAAACAGCAAAGCGAGCUUCUGAAGCUGCAAAUUGAGUUUGGUGAAAAGUUGGGGAGAAUGCAGAAUACUGCUCAGAUGAGCCAGCAGCAGCAACAGCAACACGACUCCGUUAUAUCCGCACAAAAUUUCUUCAAGAGGAAGUUGCAGUUCAUUCAGGAAGAAAAGAAUAAAGAGAUUGGGGCUCUACGUCAGAGAGUCAAAGAGCUGGAGGACAGCCAACGUGUCGCCAGCCUCUGCAGCCGUUCGAAGAAAAGAAGAACCUAAAUUGUUCUCAGCGCUAAUAGGAGGCUGCUACCCUGUCACAAGGUCCAAGCAACAUAUGGCAACCGCGAGUGUCCUGGGUGUUAACAUUUCCGGAUUCGUUGAAUUCCGGUAUUUGACUUUCUCACUGGGGUCAUCUAACAGGCUCAUCGUCUCCAAUGCACCGUGUCCUGUCAUACCUUGACUUGCUGUUUGACUGCCAAGCUGGCAGGUGACCAGUUGCACCGAGAUCGCAGUUAAACACGGGCUGUAUUCCUGCCUAAGGCUUUGAUCCAAUCAGACGUCUCAAUCGGUGGAGGGCAGGCAGGAGGAGGAGCACUAAGUCGAAAAACACGAGACCGAUUGCCGUUCCAAAAAUGAUUCUGUUGAGCUUUUCUA